CCGGAGUCCAAAACCCACCACCACCGUCAUCGCCCUUUUCCACCUGCAAGAAGAUGGCGACUUCCAUGGCGACAUUCUCCAUCGCCCCGAGCCUGCAUCUUCCUUCGAGACGGCACAACAAACUCGCCGCUAUUCAGUCCUCGCGGAGGUUCCCCAAAACGGUUCCAUGGAGAAUCACAGUGGUUUGCGCCGCUUCUCCGUCUGCAGCUGCGGGGAGUUCGAAUCCGAACGCGGACUUCAACCCUUACGAGGUUUUGGGAGUGAGUCCCAUUGAGGGAUUUGACAUGAUUAAAGCAGCAUAUACAAAGAAACGGAAGGAUGCAGAGAGAAGAGGUGAUGAAGCUGCUGUUUCCCAACUAGAAAAAGCAUAUGACAAGGUGAUGAUGGCUCAAUUAAGCAACAGGAAAAAGGGUGUCACAUUUGGUUCUUUCAAGGUCUCGAAGGAUAUCAAAUAUGCUGAUAAGCAACCCAUUGUACCGUGGGGACCAAGGUUCACCAAGUCUAGCGUACAAGAUAUGCGGAUCAACAUGGCCAUAUCUGCUGUCUUUACAGCUUGGAGCCUAAUCAAGCGGAAUGCUGAAUAUAAACCUUUACAAUUUUUAGCAUUUGUAUUUGUGUACCGGAUAUUUGAGAAGUUGAAAUCAUUUGAACCUCCUGUAUCACCAACCUUUACAGAAGAAGGUGAGGAGGACCCAGCGAGAGGGAUGCGAAUGGGAAAACGGCUGCUUAGGUCUCUUGCAUUAGUUUUUGGCUGCAUUGCGUUCUCUUCUCUGGCAUAUACUGGUCUUCUGAACAUCAUAGAAUAUGUAGGCAGUUAUAUACCUGCUUUUCUUUACAAUAACCAGGAACUUCUAGUCACCACUUCGACGGCGAUCUUUCUCUAUAUAAUGGCAUCAUAUUAUAGAUGACAGACGACGUUCUUUGAGAGUUUCACUUAUAGGUUGACUUGGGUGUCAAAUUUUGCCAAAUCAGGUGUUCUUUCUUUUCUUUUUUAAUUUAGAAUUUGGUAUCUCAUCAGUAAAACUGGUCUCGUUGACAUUAGUUGCUGUGCCCUCUUUAUCUCGUGGAGCCUUAUCAUAAGGGUGCUACACCUGUGACGGAAUGUUUAAUUUAUGCAGGAAGCUAGAUCAUUGCUCAUUGAAGUCGGAAAAUAAUGUAAUGGACUGCUUCGAAGUCUCGUCUAGGGAAAAUGUGAGAAAACAUCUACUUGCA